AUAUAUGACUUCGGCAUAAAAUAAAAGCACAUCAUCACUUCCCUAAUCUGCGCAAACAAACAAUCAAUUUGCUUACAAGUUUUGCCUUCUCUCGCUCUCUUCAAUUUUACAGAACCACAAUCACCAAUUCGAAGGAGAACACUUGGAUUUUAGGUUUUAGGGUUUGGAAAAUAAGACCACAAAUUGUUCACUUUCAAUUCGAAAUUCCAUCACAAAGUUAUAAUGAAUUGCGAAGUUUGCCAACUCAAAGAACUGGAAGUAGAGCACUUCGAGAUCAGAGAAGUUUUGAGAUGUAUACUGCAUACAGUAAUGUUUCACAGGGCUCUGGGCCUUGUGCGGCCAAAAGAUGUUGAUCUGGAACUUUUCGACAUUACCUAUGUCCAAUGUGGAGACGUGGAACUUGAAAAGAAGAUUGACGAGAAGAUUGAUCAGCUCAUUUGUUGGGUAGAGAAGCACCCUAAUAAGAAAAGUCAGUUAUGUCUGUCUUUUUACGAAGUAAAGAAUAACAAGGCAAUAUGGUUCUCUAACAAAGUUGAACGUUUGUACUGGGAGCAAUGGUAUAUCAAUUUGAACGUUGCACAACAUCACAAACCAACUUCUAGCAAAUCUCAUUAUUCCAAAGUUAUAGACUCAGAGGGUGCAUCUGAGGAGAGAAGUGCUCGUAGGGCUGCUAUUGAAGUGUCACUUCGAGAGGUCCUGUUUCAGAUAAUUAAAUUUGUAAACGAAAAAAAGGAUCAUAUCCCUCCCAUUCCCAGCCGUGAAGGGAUCUCAUUUCCCUAUGAGAUAACUAUCCCAAGCUCAUCGGAUACUACGUUCGGGAUGGAUAUGAUUAAAAGGAUGCUUCAAACAGGCCAUCCGACCAUGCUUAGCUGACCGUUCAUUGGUAACUCAGAAAUUUAUAUCAAUAAUUGUAAAUGCGCGAUACUUGUCUAAUCGCAUAAAUUCUGUAAAUGGUGUAUAUGUGUUCUACCCUCACGUUCCUUAUCUAAUCUGGUUGAUGAAUGGUACAUGGUUAGGAUUAGGGGACUUGCUAUUGAUGUCUAAGUGUUCUUUAAAUUUUAGGUUUAUAUUCUCUCGUCCUUCCUUCCUUCCUUUUGUUCCAUUUCCCGAGAAAUUUGUUGCAUAAACUUGUUGGUUACUAUAUAACUUGACCGGUUGGUCAUACAUUUUAUUUUAUUCAAAUCGAUACAUAUA